AUGUCGGGCUUGGGCACAUCCCUGCUGAUGGAUGGCUUUGGUAGUGGAGGGACUUGCUUGUGCGCCAGCUUCUCCAGUGCUGGCCUGCAGUCAGGUGGGGUUAAGUGGGCGACCUGUAACCUCUACCCCUACCCCACUCCAGCUUGCAACUGGUUGUGUCGGCAGCACAGCGGGCUCGGAGCUGGGAACCAUCCCCUGGGAGGGUUAGCUGUCCACCCGCAGCUGGGACGUGUGCUGAGCCGUCGCGUCUGCCUGCGAGUUAAAGUGGACGCCUGUCCGUUUGUUUUUAUUUCAGAUACUGAUGAAUACAGACCACCUGUUUGGAAAUCUUACUUGUAUCAGUUGCAACAGGAAGCUCCCCAUCCUAGAAGGAUAACCUGCACUCGUGAGGUAGAGAACAGACCCAAAUAUUAUGGAAGAGAAUUCCAUGGGAUGAUCUCAAGGGAGGAAGCUGACCAAUUACUAAGCGUUGCAGAGGGAAGCUAUCUCAUUCGUGAAAGCCAACGGCAACCUGGAACCUACACUUUGGCAUUGAGAUUUGGAAGUCAAACCAGAAACUUCAGACUCUACUACGAUGGAAAGCACUUUGUUGGGGAGAAACGUUUUGAGUCCAUCCAUGACCUGGUGACAGAUGGAUUGAUUACUCUUUAUAUUGAAACGAAGGCAGCUGAAUACAUUGCCAAGAUGACAAUAAAUCCAAUUUAUGAACACAUAGGAUAUACAACUUUAAACAGAGAGCCAGCACACAAAAAACAUAUGCCAGCCCUGAGAGAUGAACAUGAUGGCAAAGAGUCUACAGGAGAGGAUGAGGUAGCAGAAAAGAGG